CUCCGCUCUACGUCUCUCUCACAAGUCACACAGCCUUUGCUUUCCCUGCGCGUACGCUUCUCUGCCCACAACUGUUCCGGACUAGCAGCCUUGAUAUCUCGGCCGGGACCGGGAGGAGGGCGGUGGCUAGAAAUGGAUCCUCCGCCACCACUGGCGCUAUUCGCCUCCAGCUCGUCCUCGUCCUCGCCCUCGCCGCCGACGUCGUCGUCGUCCGGCGCGAGCAUCACCAUGGUGAUCAUCACAGUCGUGGGCAUCCUCGCGGCGUUCGCGCUCCUCGCCAGCUACUACGCGUUCGUGACCAAGUGCCAGCUCCUGCGCGCGGUGUGGUCGCGCCAGCCGCCGUGGCACCGGCGCGUGCGGGGGGCCGGCGGCGGCGGCUUAACAGGCAGGCGGGACGAGCCGUCGUCCGUCGUCCGCGGCGACGGGCGGCGGGGCCUGGGCCUGCCGCUCAUCCGCAUGCUCCCCGUCGUCAAGUUCACUGCCGCCUCCUGCGACGCCGGCGCCGGCGCUGGUGGCGUGGCGCCGAGGAUAUCCGUGUCGGAGUGCGCCGUGUGCCUGAGCGAGUUCGUGGAGCGCGAGCGCGUCCGGCUGUUGCCCAACUGCUCCCACGCCUUCCACAUCGACUGCAUCGACACGUGGCUGCAGGGCAGCGCGCGGUGCCCCUUCUGCCGGAGCGACGUCACGCUGCCGGCGAUCCCGUCGGCGCGGCGCGCCCCGGCGGCGGCGGCGGCGGUCCUUCCCACCAGCAGGCGCCGGGACGACGCGCUCGCCAGCGAAAGCAUUGUGAUCGAGGUGCGAGGGGAGCGCGAGAGGUGGUUCAGCAGCAGCCACGGGACGACGACGACGACGCCCCGGCGCCAGCCGCCGAAGCAGCCGGCGCCGCGGUGCAGCAAGGCGGCGGAGAGCGUCGGCGACGAGGCCAUCGACACGAGGAAGACGGACGCGGAGUUCGCGGUGCAGCCCUUGCGGCGGUCCGUCUCCCUGGACUCCUCCUGCGGCAAGCACCUCUACGUGUCCAUCCAGGAGCUCCUCGCCACGCAAAGGCAAGUGCGCGACCCAUCCGUGCGUUCGUGAUCCGCGGAUGCCAUGCCAUGGCCGUGCGCCUGUGCGUGCAGUCAGAAGGAAUACCCCUGCUGUGCCUGUGCUGGCUUGGCUGCUAUACCUUAUAGUACUGUAGCUGUAGAUGGUUGUGCUCAAUUCUUUUUUUUUAAUUCCUUGUCACUACUACUACUACUAGGCGCUACGUAGCUGUGACUGCAAAAAAACAUUUUACGACG